GUCGUUUUUGUAAAAAGUGAUAAAAACAAAAAAAGAACGGCUUUACUGCGUUUCAAAUACGUAAUCACGAAUUUUCACGUAAAACCACCCUUCAGCAAUGGAGCCUAUGACUCUAGGAAGUCCUACACACUCUCCUUCGGGAAGUCCUAACGUAGGAUAUCUGCCACCAUUUCUUUUGGGUGAAAUUAACCCUCCUACAACCCCUAGAACGAACAGUCUUUCCCCUACGAAAGGGCGAAAUCUUGCAUUCGGUUCACCAACGAGUCCCUCACAAACAUCGACACCAGAACAGAAAAUGUACAGGCCGGGCCUUUCGAUGCAGCAACAAGCCCUUUACAAUCACCAGAGCAUGUUUGCAAAUAUGCCAACAUCCCCUAACAUUUCUUAUUCCAGUAAACCAAAUGGUCCACCUAUUGAAGAUUUAUUUGACACUAUAAAGAGCAAUGAUCCUUCAUUGACUAAAUCAGCAUUCCAAGAUAGUUUCCUAGGUUAUGGGAACAAUAAUUCAAAUAUGCAGAACUCUUUUGCUAAUAAUUUGAACACUUCCAUGAAUAAUCAAUCAUUGACAACACCAUGGCAAGAUGGCUGUCAGGAACAGGAUGAAUACUGGGUUACUGUGUUUGGAUUCCCUCCAAAUGCUGCCAAUACUGUUCUGGCACGUUUCAGUAAUUGUGGAGCUAUAUUAGAUAAACAAUAUCCCACUCAAGGCAAUUGGGCCCACAUUAGAUAUGCCACAAGAGCUGAGAAGGAGCGAGCUUUGGCUCUGAGUGGCAGGCAGGUCCUUCCUGGCAUCAUGGUGGGGGUGGUGGAAUGCAGAGAGCCUCCCAGGAUGACUGUUACCAGUGCCAAUAGUGUAACCUCUUUUGAUAGACAAACAAUUGGAGCAAGAUCUCUAUGUCCCACACCAAUUCCUUCAGCCCCAGUACCGCAGAGGUCCAGUGGAUUAAUAUCUAAGGCACUAGAUUAUGUUCUUGGUUGGUGACAAAAAGUUAGCUAUCAUCAAGCCUAAUGGAAAGUUCUAGUAGAAAUAAUGAUAACAAUGUUAUAAUUAUUAAUACAAAGAUGUAACACUAAGAAAAAUUUCUUUAAUCUAGCUGGAUUCAUACUAGCGUCUUCAGCAUACCAGGCUGAUAAGAAUGUUGCCAAGAGACAUGUUAUAAGAAACUGUUAGUGUUGUGAACUAUAGUCAACAUUUGGAUAAUAUGGAUUUUUUGCACUAUUUUCAUUGUCAAACUCAUAACUACCUCUUUUCGUGUAUAGUAAGAAUCUAGAGCUGGUCACUAGCUCUGAAACAAUCUAUUAUAAGUUUCAAAUCAAUUCUGAAGAAAUUGCAAUUUACAAAAAUAAUUCUUGGCAUAGAAUGUAUGAAUGUGAUCAAUGUAAAUAAUAAUAUAUAAAAGGAAUAUCAUGU